AUGCAGCGGGGCCUACCCAUGCAACCUACCGUCGUCCUCCUCAAGGAGGGGACAGACACAUCGCAAGGAAAACCCCAGCUCUUGUCCAACAUCUCGGCGUGCCUUGCGAUCUCAGAGACGUUGGCUACCACCCUCGGUCCUCGUGGCAUGGAUAAGUUGAUUGUCAACGAGCGGGGCGAAGCGCAGAUCACGAACGAUGGCGCGACUAUCCUCAAGCUCCUGGACAUCGUGCACCCGGCGGCCCGUACACUCGUGGACAUCGCCCGUGCGCAGGAUGCGGAGGUCGGUGACGGUACCACGAGCGUCGUGCUCUUAGCGGCGCAGCUUCUGAAGGAGGUCCGCGGCUACAUCGAGGAAGGUGUCAGUCCCCAUAUAAUCAUGAAGGGUCUCAGGCAAGCAUCAGACCUGGCCGUGGAGCACAUCAAGUCUGUUCAGAUCACCGUUGACAAGUCAAAUCCCGAGGAGUUCCGCUCUCUGCUCAUCAAGUGCGCGUCCACGUCCAUGUCUUCUAAACUCAUCCACUCGGAAAAGCCCUUCUUUUCCAACAUGGUUGUCGAGGCGGUACUGUGUCUGGACCCCGAAGACCUCAACGAGAACCUCAUCGGCGUGAAGAAGAUCCCUGGUGGCGGCAUGCAGGACUCACUCCUUAUCCAAGGUGUCUCCUUCAAGAAGACCUUCACGUACGCCGGCGCAGAGCAGCAACCAAAAUCUUUCCGUGACCCUCUCAUCCUUUCGCUAAACGUGGAGCUCGAGCUGAAGGCAGAGAAGGACAAUGCCGAGGUGCGCGUCGAGCACGUUGCGGACUACCAGGCGAUCGUCGAUGCCGAAUGGGAGAUCAUCUACCGUAAGCUCGAGGCGAUUGAGAAGACAGGCGCGAAGGUCGUUCUGAGCAAGCUCCCCAUUGGUGAUCUCGCGACGCAAUGGUUCGCGGACCGCGAUAUCUUCUGCGCUGGUCGCGUGCCUGCGGACGACUUGCAGAGGACGGUCCAGGCGGUCGGUGGCUCCAUCCAGUCGACAUGCUCGGACAUCAGACGCGAGCACCUUGGCACUUGUGGGUCCUUCGAGGAGAAGCAGAUCGGCGGCGAGCGCUACAACCUGUUCACGGAGUGCCCGAAGGCGAAAACGUGCACGCUGAUUCUCCGAGGAGGCGCGGAACAGUUCAUCGAGGAGGUGGAGCGGAGUUUGCACGACGCCAUCAUGGUGGUCAAGCGGGCCGUGAAGAACGGCGAAAUCGUUGCGGGAGGGGGCGCUAUUGAGCUCGAUCUCUCGUCACGCAUCCGGAAGCACGCACUCUCUAUUCCUGGAAAGCUGCAGCUGGUGAUGAUAGCGUUCGCCAAAGCGUUGGAAGUGAUCCCCCGGCAAAUCAGCGACAACGCGGGGCUGGACUCUACAGACAUCCUGAAUAAGCUGCGGAUGAAACACGCGAAUGGCGAAAAGUGGUUCGGCGUUGACGUCGACGGCGCGGACGGCAUCCGAAACAACCUCGACGCGUUCGUCUGGGAGCCGAGUCUCGUCAAGGUCAACGCAAUCCAGAGCGCAACUGAGGCCGCUUGCCUCAUUCUCAGCGUCGACGAGACCGUGCGUGCGCCGCAAAGUGAAGCGCAAAACGCGGGACCGCGCGCACCCCCCGGUACGGCCCAGCGAGCACUUCGCGGAAGAGGUCGUGGGAUGCCAAGGCGGUGA